AUGAAGUUGAUUCUGUCAUUAGUUUUACUAAUCUUUUUGAAUAUCGAUUUAUCAAAACAAAUUCCAACUCAAUUAAGUGAUCAGCCUCAUGAGAAUAUGGAUUGUGUAAUGAAAACGAUAAAGAGAAUACAACAAUUAAUUAUUCAGUCUUCUGGACAAAAUCAAACUAUCACUGAGUCAAUAUUAGAAACAGAUAACUUAGAACAAAAAUUACAUUUGCUUAUAGCUACAGGUGCUACAACAUUGAUCAACGCUACAACGUUAGAGCAUGUACCUCACCCGAGUGAAAAAGACAUGGAAUUAGUGUAUAUUGAUGAAGAAUAUCAAAAAGAAGGUGGACUGAGAUCAAUAUGCAACGAACUAAAAAAAUCCUUCCAAAAAGGGCGACACCACAUAUAUAAAGUUAUUGAUAAAUAUAUAAGGAAGGAUGAUUUAGGCUUAAAAAUGUUAGAAGUUGCCAAAAUCCUUGGAAAACGCAUUGAAAAACGUAUGAAAUACAUAUCGAUGAAACUGGAUGAGAUGAUGGCCUAUGAAUCAUCUUAG